AGGCGGCCACGUCACGCUGGGGGGAGCGUGCUCUUAAAUUCCUGAGCGGCGCUCCAGUUUCCUCAAGUCUGUAGUCGCGGAGUCUCCAUCUCUGGUCUCAAGUGAAGCUGAAGAAAUGAUGUUGAAAAGUAUCUCGGCGCUCCUGCUCUUGGCCGGCGCCUGCGUUCUAGCUGAGCAAGAAGUGAAGAGCAAAUCCAAGAUUUGUGCCAAUGUAUUCUGUGGUGCUGGAAGAGAGUGCACUGUAACAGAGAAAGGGGAGCCCACCUGCCUUUGUAUUGAGCAAUGCAAAAUUCACAAGAGACCAGUCUGUGGCAGCAAUGGGAAGACCUACCGCAACCACUGUGAACUCCAUCGUGAUGCUUGCUUAACUGGCUUGAAGAUCCAGGUCCUUCAUGAUGGACAAUGUGAAGAGAAAAGGACUGAAAAGGCAGCAGCAAGUCCAAUUGUGUGUUACCUGGCUGAUCGCAAUGAGUUGCGGGCCCGUGUGAUUGAGUGGCUAAAUGCCGAGGUCAUCCCAGAUGGCUGGUUCUCUAAGGGUUCGAACUACAGUGAAAUCUUGCACAAAUACUUCAAGAAAUAUGACAAUGGAGACUCCCAGUUGGAUUCAAAUGAGCUUCUUAACUUUGUUCAGCACAACCAAACAGCAGUUAACAUUACCUCCUACAUGGAUGAGGAAAACAAUCGACUUCUCAGGAGCCUCUGUGUUGAUGCACUGAUUGAACUCUCUGAUGAAAAUGCUGACUGGAAACUGAGCUUCAAUGAGUUUCUCAAUUGUCUGAAGCCAGGAUUCAACCCCCCAGAGAAAAAGUGUGCACUUGAGGAUGAAACUUAUGAAGAUGGAGCAGAGACUCAGGUGGAGUGCAAUCGCUGUGUCUGUGCUUGUGGAAACUGGGUGUGCACUGCCAUGAUUUGUGAUGCAAAGGAUAAGAAAGAAGUAUUUGAUGAUGAUGGUGAUCUACAUGCACAGCAAAUGACUGAGGAGGAGUGGAACAGACGUGUGGAGGAGCUGAACAAACACCAGGAAACCGUUGAAAAAUCUAAGAAAGUGAACAAUAAGGAAAUCUAGGAAGAUGGAAAACCUCACAGAUUGACCGGCAGCCAUCCACUCUGCUUCAGAAGGAGAGUAGACAAGAAUCUUGGAUCUUGCUGCUCUUUGAACAAAGUUAUAUUUCUGUGCGAUUUUACUUCUUUUUGUUUUAUAAUUAUUCAUAAAUUUUAAUGUAAACCGCAUUCUUUAUACAAAGUUCAAUUGCAUUUUCAGUAUGCAGCCCACUGUGUAAACUGAGCUGUCAAAGGCACAUUGUAAAGCUGUGUUAGGGAAGAAAGAUGGCGAGUAAAUUACCAUCGUUGUGAGCCAUCUUCAGAAUUUCUAAGCGUUGAGGAAGAUUGUAAUCGGACCAUUAAAGUCAAACUGUAAUCCAUUUUUUAUGUUACCAUAUUUGUUUCUAAGUAUAUAUGGUGUGUUUUACAAUAGGAUAUGGAGUUAAUUAUAUGUCAAACAGAAAAAAAAUGAAAAAGCUGUAUAAAGAAGAGCUCACCUUGUACUUGAACUUGAGUACUUGUGCUCAGCUGAUUUGCAAUUGUACUGUCCAUUUAUUGUGUUUAAUGAUACUUGAUGCAUUUGCUUUUAUACGCAUUGUUUAAUAAAAAGUAAGAUUUUCAGGUGAUAAAGGAAGAAGCAGUCUGCCCCAGAAGCACUGGUCAUUGAAAUUUAUAUUUUUUUGUUCACCAAUCUCACAUACUUCAAAGGAAAUGCUGGGUCCCAGAUCUGCUAUCGAGCGGCUCAUUCUUCUACCUGAUAAUAUUUUUGUCAUGAUGUUCUUGCACUGUUCUAAAGGUUAUCACUUCCUCUAGUCAGGAUGGAAUGAAUUAUUGGAACUGGUGAUCAUUAAUGUAGAUCCAUAAAUGGAGAUUCAGUCCACGAUCUGCCAAUUCUGACUAUCUGAUAAGUUUCAGUCCCCUUUUAUAGAAUGAGUUUGGUAAAGGUUUCUGCCUCCCUGGUGAAUGAAAAGGAUGUUUACCUGGAUCCUGGCCUGACAUUCUGUUUAUUUUACCAAAAUGUUUUGAGCUUUUGUUCACAGUUAAAAUAGUGUAACACUUUAUGUUAAUGUGUAAAACCCUAGUCAUGAAGUACACAUAUCCAGAAAUUUUUACAGUUACCCAUUUCUAAACAGUUGAACACUUACUGAGUUGUUCAUCCUUACAUGAAAAAUUGAGUUAUAUGUGCUCACAUGCAGAUUUAUUGACACAUUUUCAUUAACAUAGUGUAAACAGAUCUCAAGAGAGCGGUGCAGCACCCUAGAGUAAACCAACAUAAGACUGAGUUACCAAGUCAGAGGCUGAGCAUAGCUUAAAAUAGUGACAUAUUCAUUUAGGUGAUCCCUGGGAAUUGGGAGAUUUGUCCUAAGCAAGUGCAUUCAAAUGGACCUGUCCAGAGCAAAUAUUAAGAAAACCUUUUCUAAACUGAACUAACAUUGUCCACACAGGGGUAAUUUCUAAUGUGGUAUUUUACCCUUCUAUGAGACUUUCCCACAUUACAAAUUUUCCAUUAUCAUAUAUAUAACUGCUUUAUGAGUCUACACAUUGCAUGCUAUUACCAUAGUUAUUUUUUAUUUGCGUUGUGCCUGCUGCUUAUUUUUGCCAGCUUUAAUAAUCUUUGGCUUUGUAAAAAGCAGGAAUAACAGCUGAAGCUUUUCCCUUCAUUUAUUUGCCUGUGCACUGACCUCACUCUUCUUCUACACUAUCAAUAUUUGUGUCAUUAUAUGGUUAUCAAUAAACAAGCAAAAUGCAGGAAAGAUGUGAGAGUGGAAAACAUAUUGUCAAAUCACAUUUACAUGCAUUCAUUUUAUGAUAGACAUUUUUUAAUUUGAUUGUCGUAUAUCUGAUUUUGCUUUUUUUAUUCUAGCAUGGUAAAAUAACAUUGUGUCGGUAGAGAUCCAUGGUUUUCAUUUGCUAGUAACAGGUUAUUGUUAAGACAGUAUUGAAAUUAACAUUUUACCUGUGACUAAUGUCUUUGUAGUUCUUUAGGUCUUUAUUUUGGAAAGGAAGACAACCAAAUAAAAAAAAAUGAGGAAAAUUAUUUUUUAUAAACAUACCUUAGACAGUCGGACUGUAACUUAAAUGGUGCUCUUGAUAAUUUGUUUUAAAGAUAUCCAAACAGUAUUUAUACCAGAUUUUGGGGUCUGGGAGCAUUACAGUGAAUCCUAAGCAAAACAGGUACAGAACAGUUGUACACUUUGAACACAUUUCUACAGCAUGUUAGAUAAAAGACUUGUGCAAUGUAAUCUGUAUUGGAUCUUUGUUGUGUUAUAAGUAAAGGCAUAUAGCAGAAUGGAGAUUUGCUAGUUAUAUUUCAACAAGCAAGAAGAGAAGUCGCAGUCCACUCUGACCUUCCAUGUGUUAUUAGUACUUCUGUAGAAUUUAAUGAACAUGAAAAAGUGAAAACCAAAACUUGAGAAGUUUAUCUGUCUGGUGGUAUCACUCCAGGUAUUAAAUUACUCUGGACCCAGCAACUAUAAUAUACCUUUUGUUAUAAAGUUAAUAUCAGUUAGUAUUAUCAAUGUCAUCUAUAGGUAUUUAACAGUUUUAGGUUAAUAUUUUUGCACCAUUUUGUUAACAUAAUUUUAUUUUAGUAUCAGUGCCUUAAAUUGUAACUGUUGACCAAGAAGUUUAACGUAUUGAAAAAGAAAAGGUAAUUUCAAAUGUUUUAAUGUGAGGCUUGAUGUUGCAGAAUAAGAAAUGUUC